CUGACGACGCAAUACCGCUCGCACGUCGCCAUCUCGGACUGGGCGUCGAGGGAGAUGUACUCAGGGAACCUCUUCGCGUCGGACGUCGUGAGUAGCCGGCUGCUUCGAGACCUUCCCGGGGUGAUGACCACCGCCGCGACGUCCACGCCGUUGAUGCUUCUGGACACGAGAACCGCCGGCGGGUUACUCCUCGCCGGGUGCUCGGAGCAGAGCGAGCGCGAUAUCGGCGGCGGCGGCGCGUCCGCGACGGCGACGACGUCGUCGUCUUCGCUCGCGAACGAGGGCGAGGCGUACGCGGUGACGAUGCACGUCGCGGGUUUACUCGGCGCGGGGGUGAAGCCGAGGGAUAUUAAAGUGCAAAGCCCGUACGCCGCGCAGGUGCGGUUGAUUCGCGCCAAGUUGCAGGCGGUCGCGGACGCGGGCGCCGCGCCCGGCGCGGAGCGCGUCGAAGUCGCGAGCGUGGAUUCGUUUCAAGGGAGAGAGGCGGAGUGCGUCAUCGUGUCCACGGUUCGCAGCAACGACCGCGGCGCGGUUGGCUUUUUGUCCGACCGGCGGCGGAUGAACGUCGCGUUCACGCGCGCGCGCAGGCACGUCGCGAUCGUGGGCGACAGCGCGACCGUCGGUUCUGAUCCUUUUCUGAGGCGGUUGCUCGAUCACGUCCGCGCGUGUGGG